CCCCCCCUUUUGCGCACGCGCAAAUAACUUCACGUCUGAACGCUAGUUUCUCUCUGUGGAAGGAAAGAUCCCCCGGCGCAUGUGCAAAUGCCCAAACGCCUCCUACAUUAAAGGACCCCGCUUUUUUUAAUAGCCGUUUUCCGAGGUGUCCCCGCGUUUGCCUGACGGUAUUCGCCGCGUCGCCAUGGGAACCCCUUCGAGGUGAUAGCGAUAGACAUCCAGGCCUCGAGGCCAUUUGGAAGUUGCUUCUUUAAAGAUGGAGAAAAGCUCAAAGAAAAGCGGGAGACUCCCAAAGGCCCCAAAAUCUCAUAUUAUUAAAGAAGAUGGAAGAAGAAAUGGCCGAAUUCCCUAUCGCGUCAAUUACAACUGGAAUCGAGGAGGGCGACUGAAAGAACUGCGUAUCCGGCAUUUAGCCAGGAAAUUCCUUUAUUCUUGGGCCAAGAAGACCUUUGGGAGAGUUCUUCCUUCCAAGGCCAGGCGCCAUUUCGAGCACACGGCAAUGAGAAAAGCCUUUGAAAUGUGGAAGGAGCAAUGGUGGGUGGCUUGCCAUGAAUGGAAACUGACCAUCAGGGCUGAAUGCCAUUACCGGUAUGUCAUCUAUGCAGCCAUCUUCCGAACCUGGAAAUUAUAUGUAUUGCAUCAAAGAGAGAAAAAUGGUAGAUUAUCCCUUGCAAAGACUGUCGCGGAUCACUUAAGGAGACAGCAGAUAUGGAAACGAUGGAGGAAAUACAUAGAAAUUCGACACAUAAAGCAUUGGAUGCAACUGGAUGCCAUUGGCUUCCGAGAAGGAAGCCUCCUUCGUGUUUCCUGGAGCCUAUGGAAGAAACAACAAAUAGAAAACAGAAAGGCAGACCUAGCUUUGUGCCAUUGGGCCAGGCGGCUGAAAUCCCGUUACUGGCACAAAUGGAAAGACGCGAAAGCCAAGGAAAAGUUGGAGGCCUCCAAGCGCAAGUCACACCUGUUCCUGCUCAGACAAGAAGUGGAGUGUGUGACAGGAAGAGCCUCUUUGAGAAGAGCUUUCCAUCGGUGGAAACUAUGCACGGAAGCGGCCCUGCAUUCCAGAAUGGCAGAUCACCACUAUCGGCUACAUUUGCUAUCUCGCGGCUUCAUCUCUUUUCGUCAUAAUGUCGCGGAAUCGGCCUCCAAGCCAAUAAGGAACAACUUGGCCCAACAACAGUGUCGCAUGACGUUACUCCGCCGUUUCUGGGACGGAUGGUGCUCUCGCUUGGAAGAGAAGGAAGAGCAAAAGGAAAGGCUGCAGAUGCUGGUGGCAGGCAUUCAAUUCAGGGAGACGUGGACUAGCCGCUUCUUUUCUCAAUGGCGGCUGAGAGCAGAAAGGCAGCGAAAGGACCGGAUGGCCGAGAAACUGGCGUGUUUCCAUUGGAGUCGUGUGCUUGUGUAUCGGUGCUGGGUGCACUGGUGCGAGCAGACCACCUUACGUGGGGAAGCCAAGGUCCGCCUGGCGAUGGCCAAAGAGAGUGAUCGCAUUCGUGUCCUGUCCUUCCACCUGCAUCAAUGGAAGCAGUGCCUCCACCAAGAACAAGAGAGGGAAAGGCAAGCAGCCCAAGCGCAAGAUGUUCACUCCCGGAAACUCCUCUCCAAGGCCUGGCGGGAGUGGAUCCAGGAAAGGGAACACGCGUCUGCCGCCCGGAGGCACCACCAAAAGCACACCCUUGAAAGGGCCUUCGCCGCCUGGAAGGUUUACCAGGGGAAGGUCCACCUGACCUUGCUGCAGGUGGCAGAGAAGGAAGAGGAGUGCCAUCGCCAGGUCCUGUGGCACUCCUUACGCGUUUGGAGGGAAAACGUGAGGGAAGUCAAAGUGGCGGAGCGGAACGAGGAGCGGGCCCGAUGCCACUGGAAGCAGCACACACUACAUAAGACGACUGUCCUCUGGAGGCAGGCGGCCAUUUUGGGCCUCCACAGGCGGGAAGAGAAGGCCGAGACCGUGGCGAAGGCAAGGCGGUGCUUGGACUCUGUCACUCUGCGCACAGCCUUCCUCCGUUGGUGGACCUUGGCUGUGGCCUCCCGGAGGGAGAAAGGCCUGAUUGCUGCAGCAACGCAACACUGCGCCCGGCAACGGCUGCGCGAGGCCCUCAACAGGUGGAAGCGAUAUCACCACCAUUGCCUCAGGAAGCAGCUCCUGCAGAAACGAGCGGAGCGGAGCCGGGCAUGGAGCCUUCUCACGGCCGCCCUCUCGACCUGGAAACAGCAGCGGGCCCUCCGGCGAGAGGAAGCAUUGCAGACGGCACGGGCGUUGUGGCUGUGGUCAUGCUCACUGCGGGGGAAGGCCUUGCGGGCCUGGGCCCAGUGGGCCAAGGAGCGCCAGCGCAAGGCCGCUCGCCUCAGGAUGGCCACCCAAGCUCACAGGAACCUCCUGGUCCAAGAUGGCGCCCUCCGCCUCCUGCGCUACACCUCCCGGAAGAAGGAAGCGCGGGCCCAGUCACAGGCCCAGAACGAGGCUGAGGCCGCCGUUUUGCGCCGUCAUGCCGUUGAGCGUUGCUUCUCCCUCUGGAAGAGGAAGGUCCUCCAUCGCCGUGGCAAUGCCCCUCCCAAGAGGGUCACUUUUGGGGAGAAGGAAGAACAAGAUGGCAGCAGAGGAGCACCGUCAGCAGUUUUGGGGAGGCGGAAAAGGCCUCGGAGGUCACAUGACGAGGAUAGGCUGAGGGCGGAGCUGGGAUCCAUCGGGCAGUGGAUGCGCCAAUACCACGAAUCCCAGCAGGAGCUCCAGUCUUUAAGACGAAGGAUUCGGCUCCUGCGGAAAUGGCAGGAAGUGAGGGCAGAAGGAGAGGAAGAACAGAGUGGGGACUCACGCGAAGUGGAAGGAGCUGUCAAUCAGCUCACCCUCCAGGCCCGUUCCCUCGAAGCCCGCUUGGCGGAGGAGAAGGGCAAGAUGGCCACCAGCAUCUCCCGCCUCCAGGAAAUCAGGAAGGCCCUCUACACUGUGGAUGGGAAGUGACCAUGCAAUAUAAUACUGAACACAAGGUGUCACCAAAGGGCAAUGUAAUGAAUAGCUGGCCAUAGAAGACUAUGAGCUUGCAAUAUAUGUCCAAACACUAGGUGUUGCCAAAGAAAGAAGCAUUCCAAUACAUUCCUUUGUCAAACCAAGAGAUGAGCACACAAAUAUAUCUAUAUAUAUAUAAAA